AGAACGCUGUAAAGCAGGAAUUGCUCUAACUGAGGCACCGGUGGAGACCCCAGAGCCAACCUGUUCAGUGUCCCCUUUUUCUCAACGUAGGCCCUAAAGCUUUUUCUCAGAACCCAUUUUAAUGUCUUGUAAGUACAGUGCUCCAGUGUCUGGGCUUGGGGCCACUUAAGCAUUGCCCUUGAAUGAGUCGGUAAUUCUUCCAGAACCAAUGUGGGCCUCUACCCGAGGUGUGGAAGUAGGAGGGGCAGUGGGGAGCCGGAGAUCAGGCCUGAACCUGAGGGUCAAGGCGAGUAGACUUUGCUGCAGCACAUGGUCCCCCCCCGCAGGUUCCAGCCAGCCUGCUGAGGCCGAGACAGAGCCCCAGACCAUGAGUCACCGGUCAGACACCGUCCAUCUGCCCUGUGGUCAGAUGAGGGGUCAGUGCCUCGGGAACCAGGGCAUCCACACCCAGCCCGUGGAGGUGAUGCUGCACUUCAAGCUGACCGUCGAGAAGCAUAUGGUGCAGCUGGUCACCAUGCGCCAGCAGCAGGACCUGGUGCCGGAGGAACAGAGGCGUCAUCCGGCCACUGGGGAGCAGGAAGCCCUCCUGGACGGCUUAAUGUACCAGUUGGUCAACCUCCUCCAGUCUGGGGCCGCAGGUGGCCUGGGGCUGCAACCGUCUUGCCCUUCCCUGGAUGUGAGGGGUGUUGUUGGAGGUGGGCAGCGGGCCCAAUCAUCCAGGCAGCCUGACCAGCCAGUUCACCAACGGAAUGAUCCUGAAGCGACAUUCGUCAGCCAGCACCUGUCCAACCGUGGGAUUGACAUCUCUGCCUUAUUCCAAGCCAGCUUCCAGGAUUACAAACUGUACCAAGGAGAUAAAUAUGACGAGGACAAGAACACCUUGGGCUUCAUUAACCUUGGCAUCAGUGAGAAUAAGCUCUGCCUUGAUCUGAUGACUGAAAGGUUGAGUCAGAGUGACAUGAACGUCAUUGAGGAUGUCCUGCUGCAGUAUCCUGAUUGGUCAGGGCAACCAUUCCUGUGGGAAGAGGUGGCCCGGUUCCUGACCUACUACUGCAAGGCACCUGCUCAGCUCGAUCCAGAAAAUGUAGUCGUUCUAAAUGGCUGCUGCUCUGUGUUCUCCACGCUGGCCGUGGUUCUGUGUGAUCCAGGUGAGGCCUUUCUGACCCCCACCCCCUUCUAUGGUGGCUUCGCCUUUAGUUCCCACCUGUAUUCGAAAGUUGAGCUGAUUCUCGUCCACCUGGACAGUGAGGUCAGAAUGGGCACAGAUGCACAUCCCCGUCUGUUCCAGCUCACUGUGGACAAGUGACAGGCUCUGCUUGAGGCGACACUUACAGGGAAAAAGGUCAGAGGCCUCAUACUAAUCAACCCUCAGAAUCCUCUGGGAGACGUCUACUCCCGAGACUCACUGAAAGAGUACCUGGAAUUUGCCAAGAGGUACAACCUACACGUGAUUAUAGAUGAGAUUUACAUGCUGUCUGUGUUUGAUGAAUCCAUCACGUUCCACAGCCUUCUGGGCAUGGAAAGUUUGCCUGACCCCAACAGGACCCAUGUGAUCUGGGGCACCAGUAAGGAUUUCGGCAUCUCUGGCUUCUGCUUUGGUGUUCUUUACACGCAAAACAAGAAGGUGGCCUCCGCUGUGAGCUCUUUUGGCUAUCGCCACGGUAUCUCUGGCAUCGCCCAGUACAAGCUGUAUCGGCUGCUUCGGGACAGAGAAUGGAUUGACAGAGUGUACCUGCCCACCUACUGCUCCCGGCUGCAGAGAGCUCACAGAUACAUCACUAAGAAAUUGAAGGCAUUGGGGAUCUCUUUUCUCAACCAUGGCUCUGGCCUCUACGUCUGGAUCAACUUGAAAGUGUACCUGGAUCUGUGGACCUUUGAGGAAGAGCGGCUGCUCCAUCGCCGCUUCCUGGACAACAAGCUGAUCUUGUCCCGCGGCAAGACCUACAUGUGUAAGGAGCCUGGCUGGAUCCGCGUCGUCUUUGCGGAUAAGCCCCUGCGGCUAAAACAAGCCAUGCACCGGUUCUACCAGGUGCUGGAGACGCAGAAGCUGGAGCUGAGAGUGAAACAACUGGAGAGCGCGCAGUGUGAGUAAGUGGUCUGCCUCCCACCCAGCGGCUGCGGCCAGUCCUGUGCUCAGGGACUCCCUGACGUCAGCCUCUGGGCCAGAAGCCUGGGGUUUGGGCCUGGUGCGGUGACUGAGCCCGCAGUGGGCUCCUCCGGGAAUGGGCUCCUCUGACCCAGUCAUCAGCCUUCUCCAGCUGAUCGUCUGUCGCUUUGGAAGCUUGGCAUCUUUUUAGUCUUCGUUAGCCAUUGUGUGUGUAGGUGAAAUGUUUUUAUGGGGGUUGGGGUGGGGGCUCGCUGGGUUCUGAUUUUGAUGGUUUUAUUUUUGUAGU